CGGGAGUCGGCAGCAGCCUCAGUCGCGUUCAGCUUCUGGGAUCCUGUCAGCGGCGAUCCGUGACGCAGCGAGAGGAUGGUGGUCCGCGUGUUCGUCGCCUCAUGCUCGGGCUUUGUGGCGGUCAAGAAGAAGCAACAGGAUGUGGUUAGAUUUUUGGAAGCCAACAAGAUAGAGUUCGAGGAGGUGGACAUCACCAUGUCGGAAGAACAGAGGCAAUGGAUGUACAAAAACAUUCCCCCUGAGAAGAAGCCUGCGCAGGGCAACCCGCUGCCUCCUCAGAUAUUUAAUGGGGAUCAAUACUGUGGAGACUAUGACAGUUUUUUUGAAUCGAAGGAAAGCAACACAGUCUUUGCAUUCUUAGGUCUGAAGCCACGGCCAGCAUCCACCGCUGAAGCUUAGAGGUGAGGCGUGGAAGAGUUGCGUUCUGAAGCAUUCUCUGGUACUCAGCACUCACCUGCUUACCUGAUGCAUCACUGUGACGA